AUGGCAUUAACAGCGGAAGAUGUUCUUGCCACUUCUAUAAUUUUCCUGGUAAGUUUCUUAUUUUUCGAUUCCGUUUCCAACUUUUAUUACAGUUCGCCACCGCCGGCAUAUUAACGAACGCGAUGAGUAUUUUCGUCAUUUUGAGAACUCCAGCCCUUCGAGGAGCUUUCGGAAAAAUUUGUCUCUCUCAUUCCAUUGCCAAUAGUGGACUCAUGACCAUUUUCAUGGGAUGGUCGAUUCCUUUCACUUUGACGUGAGUAAUAACCCAGAAACGGUAUGACUUGAGUAGAUGAGUUUAGGUCCCAAGAUGAUUCAAUCGGUCCGUGGAGCCGUUAUGCUGGCGCGGUUGGUCUUUUUUUUUAAUUUCUUAUCCGAAAUUUGUAGCGGCGUAACGUAAUAUCUCACAUGCCUGUGACUGCAGAAUCAUUACAGCCAUUCUUCAAAUUUAUUAAAAUACUUUGUUCGAGGUCAUUUUCUCACAAAAUUUUCACAGCAUUGGAAAAAUGGUUGUAGUAACUCUUCGGUUCUAACAAUUCUAAAUGCGAUCAUGACUCUUCCUAAAAAAUGAAUGUAUACCAGGUGAUAGUCUUGUUCUGGAGCGCCUGUGUUUAUUCUCACCUAGCCCUCUCAUUCAACCGCUUCAUCGUUUUCACCUUUCCUUUGAAGGUAAGAGUAAACGUCGAUUAAUAUUCAAGUUUACUCCUUCAGAUGAAUAAUCUAAUAACUGAACGCUGGACAGCCGUUUUCAUAACAAUCAUCUGGACAGUCAGCAUCAUACAAAUUAUCCCCUUUUUGUUAUGGGGUAACCUUUUUCUUCGAACUACUUAGUCAUAGCAACCGUAAUCCCUUAAAAAAAUACCUUCAGAACAGUGCUAUUUGGCAUUCGACACUAAAUAUUGGAUCUGGACGUACGGGGACAAAACUUGUGGGCCGGUAGCCGGGAAAAUCUACGGCUUGUACGUUUGGUUGGGCGUUAUGGUUGUCGUGUCCUGUUUCGAUAUGAUCUCUUUGUCGAAACUCAGAGCAGUGAAUAGGGUUGUUUAAAAGACCAAAAAACAAAACAAAAAAAGUUUAGAACCAUGGUAUGCUUGUAAGUCAACGUUCACGGAUGGAAACUCGCUUCUUUUUACAGGUUUUUUGUUGAUAAAAUUUGGAACAAGACUUUGAUUUCUAUGAACUGGCGUAAAAAUUUAAAUUGUGUUUUAAAAUAGAAAAUGAGCGCAAGGCGAAAUUGCAAAACAAAGUUUUUAUCUACAUGAAUUAAACCUUAACUAUGAUUCUCGCUACCUCUGGCGCUACCGGCUGCGCCAAAUGAACUUACCUAGCAAACUUGCCGCUCUGCUGUCAUAGCCUUCCUACUUAUUUAAUAGAAAAAGAUGGAAAUUCAUCGUUUUCCAGCUGCAAUUUUUUUUUAAAUGAACUACAGCUUUAUUUUCCGAUUAUUCAACUUGAAUCCUCAAAAAAGACGGUUUGAUCGAAAUUUACAGGCCUGCCUUCAAAACGGGCUCUUUGUCUUCGCAAUGGGCAACUUUUACUUUCUCAGCCGGCUUUGGAAUAGCCGUUGGGGCGUUUUUGUCACUCAAACCGCUGGUUGGCAAAUUUCACACGUUAUUGAUGGGUAGGAAACUUUAAUAAUAACUCACCUUUCAAUUGAAAACUUCAGUUUGAUCCUGGUUUUACUUCACGGCAGGCUGCGAAAAUCCCAAGUGCAUUUGCAGACGCUCAGCUGA